AAUACUGUAAGCUGAACCUAAAAAGUAACCAAUAAGUACAAGCACACAACUUGGAAUCAUCAGUGCCUCUUCAUCAGCGAAAAUGAAAAGAACUGAACAAAAGCUGAUCCACAUUGCCAUCGUUGUGCUUUGUGCUCUUUCACCUACGCAACCAGCUUCAUCAAUACAGUUAUAUUGUAAUAACUACUCCGAAUAUUGUACCAUUAAUGGCGUAACAAUUAAUUCGGAAACGUCCGACUUCCCUAAAUUUCCUGUUCGUGCAAAAAUCAAUCUAGUCAACGCAAACAUUGACUAUAUUUCUCCAGAGAUUUUACAAGGAAUGAAGUGGGUUAGCCAGCUAACCAUCGCGAAUGGAAAGGUGAAAAAAAUCUUUCUGAAGCACGACCUUCAGGAGUUAGUUGCCACUGGCAGCGAGACAUACGACGUAAUCAUCGAUGAUGUUGCAAAUGAAGACUUGGAGCAAUUGUCAAUCACCCAAAAUCGACUCGACAAAAUUCCGGAAAACGUUGGAAAUCUGAAAGCUUUAACCGUCCUAACGUUGAACAACAACAAUAUCGAAGUGCUGGAUCUCGGCGAGUUGCAAGGCUUGGACAAGCUCAAAACAGUUGAUUUAUCGAAUAACAAGAUUUACUAUAUGAUUCCCAUCGAUUCAUUUGAGCUGUCUCGCCUUGAGAUAUUCAAACUAAAUAACAAUUUUCUGACAGAAAUUGAUUUUGAUGCAUGGAACGUGCCACGCUUGACAACAUUAUUCAUCUCAUCGAACAGUUUGAAGUAUAUUAAAGAUUUCAACGAAGAGAGUUUUCCUUCUCUCAAAUCGUAUCAAGAUGACAGUAACUUGUUCGAUUGUCGCUGGCGAGCUGGUUUUAUCUCAAUGUUAAAAACAUGGACCAGUCUUAAAAAUCAAUAUCACUACUCAACUACCUGCCAAAAGAGUGUCCAGCUUAGCUCAGCCGUCUACCGCAUGCUCAACAUCAACGACAUCCGCAAUGAUACCAUUGACUUCGAUGACAAACAAGAGCUGCAAAACCAACUCAACAGCAUGCUGGACACCGAGAAAAAACAUUCGCGGCAUAUCGAGUCGCUGACCAAGUUGUUGAGGGAACAAACCGAGCAGUUCAAAGUCGUAUCCGGAAAGCUUCAGGCUCAACAGACGACCAUCGAUGGGCUUCUGGCGCAAAUCGAUGACCUACAACAGCGUGUAGAGGAAAUGAAACAAAUGAUGCCACCUGCAGGACGAGCCGUUCCCAAAGGAUUACGGGAAAGGAUGAUUCAAGAUAUUGCAGAGGUGAUUCGCAGGAAUUUGGUCGAAAUUGAAGAUUGAGGUUAGGGAGUGUCAUCAUCGAAAUUGUGAACAUGUUUUUGGGGAGUAAACUGAAUUGGACUCUAUAUAUAAAAUAUUUUUGUCAUUCCUUUUCGGUCGUAUUGAAAUAUUUAUUGAAAAUCUUUCCUAAAUAUAUAAAAAUCGCUUUCA